AUGACUCCUAGCGCGCGCUCCUCUGCGGCCUACGGCCAUGCGUGCACGGCUUGCGCUCAGGCUAAGUGUAGAUGCUUGCCUAGUGCAUCUGGCGGGAAAUGUCAAAGAUGCAACCGAUUGAACAAACAAUGUGUCCAAUCGGCAAGAAAGAGGAACCCGAAACCGCCGUCUAGGACGGCUCAGUUGGAGCACAAGGUGGACAGCUUGUUAUCGCUGCUAAGCGCGUCGGGAUCAACGAAUGAAGCAGAUGUUCGAAGGUCAAUUCGAUCGGAAUCUAUGGAGCAGCAGAUAACGUCUCCUGAGCCGAUCGGUGUGGCAUCGACUUCUGACUGUGAUUGGAUUGCGACCCAACCGCUUGAGCCGACUAGUGAAACAGGCAAGCUGGCUUAUGAGGAAAGUCUCUUGAGCUCGUUUCGUGCAAAGAAGCUCCCGUGUUUCCCUUUUGUCCAUAUUCCAGAGACUAAAUCGGUAACGGAGUUCAAAAAAGAGUCUCCAUAUCUUUGGCGUUGUAUAGAGGUCACGAAAUCCAGGGAUGUCGUCACCGUCGGUGACCUUACCACGCGCCUACGUCGCGAGAUCUCUCACGCCGUGCUGGUUGAUUUGGAGAAAACUCUCGAUCUACUUCAGGCGAUUCUGGUGUAUCUUGCUUGGAUCACAUAUGAAAGCCUCCCUCUCAAGUCCUCGUUGUGCAUGUAUUCCCAGCUGGCAAACGGCUUGAUCAUCGAACUAGGGUUGACUAACCCCCCUCCCGGGGACCCCGAAUCUGGUACCUUCAAUCAAAUAUCAUUAGGCCAGAGCCAGCUUCAAUCUCUCCGGCCUCGUCUUUCCGCAACACGCACUAUGAACGAGCGGAGGGCAGUGCUGAGCUUUUUCGUCCUAAGCUCAAUGAUAUCACAGUACUUGGGUCGAAUGGACCCUCUUCGCUGGACUCCACAUAUGACCGAUUGUCUGGACGUACUGGAUAGAAGCUCAGAGACCCCGAAUGAUGCUGUGCUUGUGCAACUCACGCGAGUACGCCUUCUUGCGGGAAAGAUAUCUGUCGGGCCGUGGAACGACAGAAUGCUCGCUGCUGAUGUGUUUCCCCGAGCACCGUCAUCGUUUUAUGUCUCCGCCUUAAGAGACCAACUAGAGAAGACCAGAGCCGAGAUCCCCACAGAACUUCAGAAUAACAAGCCCAUCUUCUUCCAUCUAUGCCACACCGAGGUCAGCAUCUACGAACCCGCUCUCCUGAAGCCAACCACCAGCGAAGACGAUCUGAAACGCCUGGACCACCUCUAUGCCUGUUUACGCGCGGUCAAAUGCUUCUUUGACCUUGUCCUAUCCAUUCCAUCUGCCCACUUCGCCUCGUUUCCGUUAACCCACAUCAUUCAAAUAGCACACUGUUUUGUCACCCUCUUCCGUCUCUCGACUCUCGAUCUUCCAGGAUGGGAUAAGGCCGUCGUGCGCCGCACAGCAGACAUAUUAGACCUCGCCCAUCAGAUUGCCGAGAAAUGGCAUCAAGUCGCCGAGAUAGUGGGCAAUGACAACAAAUCUCUUCACCGCCACGCAUACUCGGGGCUGGGAGCUAUGAUGCAUAAGUUGAAAGAGGGAUGGGCGGUUAAGCUGGACCCGCCUCUCAAGGACGCACCCGAUGAAAGCAGCAUGAAUACAAGCGAGGCCCAGGUGGAUGUGGAUGCUUUGUUUGGGUCUCCCGAAAGUGCGUGGCUAUCAGCCGCCAUGGCAUCUACACUAAAACUCGAGCCCGUCACGCUCGACGAUAUCCCGUCCUUAACCGAUCUCUUUUAUAGUGCUUUCGGCAUCCCCGAAAACCUACAAAUGUUCCCAGACACCCCCGGUGUCCGCAAAUGGUGGAACGAAGUCUUCCGCAUCUCGCUACUUGAGAAACCCGACUCGCGAAUGAUCAAAGUAGUCGACACGCGUCACCCAGAUCGCGUAGUCGCGUAUGCGAAAUGGAAUCUCGCGGCGCAAAAAUACGAACCGCGAUUUCCGCCGUGGCAUGAAGAAUCCGAUCGGGAAUUGUGUGGGAAAUUGUUCGGGAUCACACAGGAGCAUCGCGAGAAAGUGCUGGGGUCAAGGGAGCAUUAUUAUUUGGAUCUCAUCAUCACUGCCCCGGAGUAUCGACGACAAGGCGCUGCGUCGCUUCUGGUGAAAUGGGGCUGUGGCCUGGCAGAUCAAAAUGGGGUCGCUGCUUAUUUGGAUGCGUACGAGCCUGCUGCACCGUUGUAUUACAAGCAUGGGUUUGAAAAUCAGGUUGAUCCACCGUUGAACUUGGAGGGCAAUCUUCCAAUGAUUCGAGAGCCCCGUUUGAAGAACUAG